UCCAUGAUAUCCGACGUUUUGACAUAUUUUAUUGUUAACAAUUAAAUCGGUGGCAAAUAAUUUCGGUAUCGCGAUGUAAUGCGAACGACAUAUCAACACAUAGGCAAUCCCGCGCGUAAUAUUAGUCAAAAGUUUGAGUUGACGUUGGUCGAACCGAGAAAAUGCAUUUUUUACCGGACCUCAAAUAAUUUUCAAAUUUGGAUUCGGAAUGGAGGAUAGCCUGAGCGCCAAAUCGAAUGAAUCUCUAGCGACCAGUGAGGAGUUUGAUUUCGUCUCAGAUAAGCCUGGCAGCAGCAAAACGCCGACGCUGGAUUUUAGAGGAGGCUUGCACGAGCUCAAGGACGCGCUGUCGGAAGUCUUGAUGGAGCCCGACAGUAACACGAACGAGACGACGACGGUGGACGACGGAAAAAAAAUCCCGUUUUACGGGUGCCCCGUCGAUUUCGGCAAAGACCCAUUAUCUCAGGAACUGUCGCCGACUGAGAAGCAGGAUUUGAUGAAACCAAGCUCCGAUGAUGAUGACAGCAGCAUUUCAGAUGUUGAUCAGGAAUGCACGAUAUUCUCGGGAGUGACAUAUUUGGGCGCGGCCCAGAUCAACGCUCCCAAGUCCGAAUCAGAGAUCCACAGGAAUAUGGCGAUAUUGAAUGAGCAAAGCUUAGAACAGGGCAUCAAGGUGUCCAUCUCAGUUCCGCUGUCUUCUCAAGGAAUCGUGGUGUUGCACGACGCCUCCACCAACUCUGUCAUAUCAAGGUACGAAAUCCACCGGAUUCUGUUCUACGCGCGCGGCUCCGUCGGUAGCGGCGAGGCGAGCUGUUUCGCCUUCACAUGGUCGCACGGCGAUACCCAGGAAUCCGCCAUAUUUCAAUGCCACGUAUUUCGCUGCGACAUCGUCGAGGCCGUGUCACGGGUCUCAGCGUGUUUCGCGAAGGCGUUCCAGAGGGUUCCGCGAUCGCUCAGCAGCUCGGUAGCGUCUGUCGCCGACGCAAUGUCAGCCUCGAUUGUCGCGGUACCCGAGGCCCGCACCCUGGUGUACGUUUUCGAGGUUAAUCUCGAAAUCAGAGAAGAUGAUGGCAAGGGUUCAUUUUCGACCGUCGGCAAAGACCGCAAUGGUUUCAGGCUGAGGACGAAUCUGGAGAAGCAGAUAUCGAUUAGUAUCCGGCAGGUGUCCGAUAACGGGCCCCAGCUGGUCAUUGACCGGUGCUUCGGGGUGCUCGUCGCGGCCGGACGGCACGUCAGACACUCGGACAUGCAGCUGCUCGAAAUGGUUCGCCAUCGGCCGUUGCCAUUCUCGGGUCACAAACAGCGAUUGUUGCAGACCGAGCAGUCGGCGGAAAACAACUGCACGACCGUGGCGGCCGCCUGGGACCCCACCGAGGAUUCGUUUGCGCCAUUAAACGUCGAGACGAACAAGGAAGUUAAGCAGUACAUGACGGCCGCGGUCGACCUGGUGAUCCGGGGCAUCCAGGAACCCGUCCGCUUCCUCGUCGAGACUCCCGUGCGCAUUUUCUCGCAUCCCGAGCGCAAUUUCUGGUACUUCCAGCGGCGUAGCUUGACGCAAGAGUUCUACCUCAAUCUGAAGGAGGUCGUUUGCGGCGAUUCAAUUGAUACUCGCUACGAAGUUCUGAGCAUGGAAACGUCAGGCGAGCUCGACCGCAAGCUGCUCAACCUAAACCUGAACCUGCCCAGUCUUAUCGCGUCGCCCAGUAUCACCUCCAUAGACACUCUAACCCCGAAGGAGGAGGAGUACAACUCAGACGGUGACGAGCCGCUGCUCAGCGGCACCGGGCUCGUUUCCAAGGAUUGCGCGGAAGACGUGUUGGAGAGCUGGGCAGACAUCCUCCUCAAGUGGAAGCAGACGAGGCAGCGGCCGAAACAGCUCGCCGGUCUCGUCAGGCUCGGUAUCCCGGAAGCAUUGCGCGGGGAGGUGUGGCAGCGACUCGCCGGCGCAGAGGAGAACACCGAGAUGAUGGAAAAUUACCGGCUACUCAUUACCAAGGAAUGCAGCUGCGAGAACGUGAUACAGAGGGAUAUCGCGCGUACCUUUCCAGCCCAUGACUUUUUCAAAGAGGUCGGCGGCCUCGGUCAGGAUUCGCUUUACCGCGUGAGCAAAGCGUACGCGGUUCACGAUCUCGAGGUCGGGUACUGUCAAGGUCUGAGUUUUUUGGCCGCGACACUCUUGUUGCACAUGCCCGAAGAGCAGGCCUUUUGCGUACUGGUACGCCUCAUGUACGACUACGGGCUACGCGACCUCUACAAGGACGGUUUCGACAAUUUGUACCUGCGCCUCCACCAAUUAAACCGGCUCAUGGAGGAGCACCUGAAUCCGCUCUACGCGCACUUCGAGGAGCACCGCAUAGAGACCCACAUGUUCGCGUCCCAGUGGUUCCUCACCCUGUUCACCGCCCGCUUCCCCCUCUACUUCGUGUUUCGGAUCAUAGACGUGUUCCUCCUACAAGGAAUCGACACGCUCUUCCAGAUGGCACUCGCGCUGUUGAUGUGGUGCAAAAGGGACCUGCUCCAGCUCGACUUCGAGGGCAUAUUGAAGUAUUUCCGGGUGUCGUUGCCGAAAAAGUGCAGGUCCGAGGAGGCGGCCAAGCAGCUCGUCAAGUUAGCCUGCAGCAUCAAGGUCAAGCGGCUCAAGAAAUACGAGGCCGACUUUGUGCACUUGAAAGACGGUUGGGUGUUAAUCUCUUCGGGUACAGAGGCGGCGGAGCGGCAGGAGAAGGAGGCCGGCGAGGCGGAGAAACUGAAGGCGCUCGUCGCGCGCAUGGACGAGGAGAAAGGACUGAUGAUGAGCGAAAUCGCGCGGCUCAAGGAGAUCCUCAAGCGCGAGGUGGACGAGGCGGACGACGCGAAACGGAAGAGCGAACGCGCCAUCGCCGACUACAAGACGGUCAGGCAGCGGCUCGACGCGCAGCUUCAGGUCGCGCGACGGGACUUGCUCAGUCUCAAGGCGAAAGUGGCCGAGUGUCCGACGUGUUCGGCACACCUUGACGGCGCCGUCGACGACGUCACAGGACACGGAGCCAGCCUCGACGAACGGGUUCGCGAGCUCGAGCUGGAGCUCGCGCAGACGAAGCUCGCGCACGUGGAGGCGGAGUGUCGGAACCAGAAUCUCACGCACCGGCUCCGCUCCGUGGAGCUGGAACUCGCGGCCGCGCGCAACAGCUGGCCCCCGUGGGUGAGCAAGGCGCUCACCUCCAUCAGGAAGGACUUUCCCGUUAUCGCGACCCCCACGUUCGUGUCCCACGUGGAUAACGUCGCGAGAAGGGACAGCGCGCCUCAGCAGCCUGGGGGGGGACCCCGCGACGGCUACGGCAACCGGCGCGAAUCGGCGCCGGUCAUAAAAAACAGCGGCGAGACGCCUGCGCAGCAGUAAGGACGCUGUUGUUAUUUUUCUUAUGUAAAUGUUUUAUAUAUAUUUUUCGUUGGACGUGCGCGUGUUUGUAUGUAAGUGCUGGCGCGCUGCACUUUUUUUUUUCGCCGGGUUGGGCGCGGCGCGGCCAUAUUGCUAGUGAUAUGUGAAUUUUUAAUAGAUGUGGUUUCUCGGACCGUCUUGUGUAUAUUUUCUUCGAAUUCCAUUGGGUAUUCGGUCUCUCGAAAACGAAUAAUGUAAUUCCCUUAAAUAUUAAUUAACGUUUCGAUCGUAAUUUCAAAAUAUUCUUACUUUGUAUAAGUGACAUAUGUAACAAUUGAUGACAUUUGACGUUGCGUUAAUAUAUUAAAAAGAAACAUAACUUGUCAGCGAAUAUGCAAACCAGGUACGGAUGUUUUCUAUUAGCAAAUAUAUUUGGAUAAUUUAAUUUUGUUAGUUUAAAAUUGAAUGAUAUAUUUGUUGAGUCCUUUAGAAUCGGUUUUGUAAUUGAUUUUUUGUUUUUUUUUUUAAUUACAAUAAGUUCAUAAAGUUCUCUUUUUUUGGUGUUAGGUUCUGUUAGUAGGCUUUUAACUUUUUGAAAAUUAAAUGUGUGUUGUCACAAUAGGUAUGAAGAAUUGUUUUAUUUGUUUUGGUCAUACUUCAACACUAAACACACAUUUAAUUAAUCUAACUAAUCUAACACCAAAAAAAGAGAAUUUUAUGAAAGUACAGAAAUUCAAAAAACAAAAAAAUCAAUUAAUUACAAAACCGAUUCUAAAGGCCUCAACAAAAUUUAUCCUUCAAUUUCAAACUAACAAAAUUAAAUUUUCCAACACAUUUGCUAAUAGAAAACAUCCGUACGCGCUUUCCAAUCCCCAUAAAAAAUAUUCGCUGACAAAUUGUUUCUUUUUAAUAUAUUCACGCAACGUCAAAUGGCAUCAAUUGUUAUAUUAUAUGUCACUUAGUCAAAAUAAGAAUACUUUGAAAAAGAUCGAAACGUUAGUAGAUAUUUAAAGAAGUUACUUUAUUUGUUUUCGAGACACCGAAUACCCAAUAGAAUUUGAAGAAAACACAGGUCCAAGAAACUACACAGUUUUUUUUUAAUUUAUUUAUAAAUCAACGGAUAUAGACGUGUAUUGUACUAGCGGAAUUAAAAAAGAAAAAUGUGUGGAC